UAUAUAAACCGAAAAGCAUCGAACGGUUCAGAUUAAUAUUAAGAACGUUUAUUCGGAUAUAUAUUUACUCUCUUGACGCUUAUCUAUUUUUCUUUUGUUCUUCCUUCUCCCUAAUUACUUUUGUUGGUUUUAAUUUUAAUUUUUUAUAUAUAUUCAGAGAAAAUUUUGAUUUUUUCGGGGUUCGAUAAUCUUCUUCGCCUGAGAAAACUAAACUCCAUUGUGGGUGAUAAUAUCAUGUCCGAUGGAUACUACAGUUCUAAGAAGACGGACGAUAUCUGCGAUGAUGUUUGCGGACAGGAUGGUUCUAGAGCAGGGAAGGCCUUUUCAAGGGUGAGAUGUAUACUACGAGGACUCGAUUUCAAGACAUACAUCUUCUUCUUCACCAUCAUCCCUUUAUUUGUCUUCGGAGUCUAUCUACACGGGCAGAAGCUCACAUACUUCUUGAGACCGCUCUGGGAAUCACCACCUAAGCCAUUUCAAACGCUUCCUCAUUACUACCAUCCCAACGCCUCCAUGGAAACGCUCUGCAGCCUCCACGGGUGGAAACACCGCGAGUCUCCGAGACGCGUCUUCGACGCAGUCUUGUUCAGCAACGAAGUCGACAUGCUCACCAUCCGCUGGAAAGAGCUCUACCCUUACAUCACCCAGCUCGUGAUCCUCGAGUCCAACUCCACCUUCACCGGUUUGCCUAAACCGCUGGUUUUCGCCGCGAACCGGGGGGAGUUCGAGUUCGUGGAGCCGAGGCUGGCGUACGGGAACAUCGGAGGAAGGUUCAAGAGAGGCGAGAACCCUUUCGUGGAAGAGUCUUACCAGAGGAUCGCGUUGGAUCAGCUUAUAAGGCUCGCGGGGAUCGAAGAAGACGAUUUGUUGAUCAUGUCUGAUGUAGAUGAGAUCCCCAGCGCUCACACCAUCGACCUUCUUAGGUGGUGCGAUGGUUACCCGCCGGUUCUUCAUCUCCAGCUUAAGAACUACUUAUACUCGUUUGAGUAUUUCGUCGACAGCAAAAGCUGGAGAGCUUCGGUUCAUCGGUACAAGCCGGGGAAGACGCGGUACGCUCAUUUUCGUCAGGGCGACACGCUUUUGGCAGACUCUGGUUGGCAUUGCAGCUUCUGUUUCAGGCGCAUCAGCGAGUUUGUGUUCAAGAUGAAAGCCUACAGUCACACCGACCGUGUUAGAUUCUCUCAUUAUCUGAAUCCGGAGAGAAUACAAGAUGUGAUAUGUAGAGGAACUGAUCUGUUCGACAUGUUUCCUGAGGAGUAUACGUUCAGGGAGAUCAUCGCGAAGCUAGGUCCGAUACCGAGGUCGUAUUCAGCUGUUCAUCUUCCAGGUCAUUUGAUCGAAAAGGCUGAGAGUUACAAGUACUUGUUACCUGGGAACUGUUUAAGGGAAAGUGGAUGAUAAGUGUUUGUGCUUAUCAGUCUUUGUAGUGGCUUAUUAUCAGUAGAGGGAGUGUUGAAAACUGAGGUUGGUACAGUUUAUCUGAUAAGUGGAGACUCUGGUUUGAGCACAUCUCUCUGUGAGGGUAUAUAACCUUGUCUGCUUUUUUUAAUACUUGACUUCAUGUUCCAAUUGUGUUCCCAUGUUGUUUUUGGGAAGUUUUGAAUGGAAUAGUCUCUAUUUUUUCUCCUUACUUCAAAUCUCUUUUCAUACUCUCAUGUUUAGUCUGUACAAUUUACUAGUGACUUUCUUUACAUUA